AUGGAGGAGACUUUGUGGCCAUUAAAUAUGUCUCAUUGGAAAAUAUUGUUCAAGAGGAUCUUAACACCAUUCUUUCUAAAUGAGGCUGAUGCUAACACUCACUCAGUGGUUGGAACUCCUUACUGGAUGGCUCCUGAGGUUAUUGAAAUGUCAGGAGUUUGUGCUGCUUCUGACAUUUGGAGUGUUGGAUGCACUGUUAUCUUCUUCUUCUUUUUGCUCCGCCUCCGUAUAUAUACUUUCAAUGUCACUUGCUUUGUAGUUGUGAGCUUUCAGUUUCUUCUUGUUUGCUCUAGUUACGUCCGUUCCUCUUUCCGUUAUUUUACCCCUCAUCUUCUGAUGCGUGAUUUUCAGUGUGUAACCUCGUUGGGCAUCUGGGCAAUUUGA